AUGCAGCAAGGCAAAGUGGGUGGGCAGUUUUGGUCGGUCUUUGUAGAGCAUAGCGUUCGUGACACCCUUGAGCAGAUUGAUGUGGCAAAGCGCUUGGUAGCGGAAUACAGCGAGCUGCAGUACUGCGAAACAGCAGCAUGUGCUCAACAAGCCUUCAAAUCAAAGAGAAUAUCAUCUAUGCUCGGCGCCGAAGGACUUCACCAGAUUGGUUCAUCCAUUGCCGUGAUCAGGCAGAUGUACGAGCUCGGAGUGCGCUAUAUCACCCUCACUCAUAACUGCGACAAUGCAUUCGCUACUGCAGCAACUACAGUGACCAAAACAGGUAAAGAUAGUGGACUGAGUGAUUUUGGCCGCGCUGCGAUACGCGAAAUGAACCGAUUAGGCAUGAUGAUAGACCUCUCCCACACGUCUCACCGAACAAUGCGAGAUACCAUAGCUGUGACUCGAGCACCCGUGAUAUUUUCGCAUUCGGCGUGCUAUGCGAUUGCAAAGAGCUUGAGAAAUACCCCUGACGACGUCCUUCAAAUGCUCCCGCAAAAUGGUGGCCUGAUUAUGAUCUUUUUUGCGAACAAGUUCAUUCGACCUGAUAGCCCCGAAAAGGCCAGUUUGGAAGAUGUGGUGGACCACAUAUUUCAUGCUGCCUCCAUCGCUGGCUGGGAUCAUGUUGGAAUUGGUGAGUAG